UCCACGCGCUCAUUGCCAAUCGAGUGUGGAGGCACCGCGGUGGGAGGUGCAGUGCUUCAGCACACGCGCGCGCACUACACGGAGAGAGAGAGAGAACGGAGAGAGCGCGAGAGAGCUGGCGGGAGGAGGAGGAGGAGGGGGGAGGAAAAGUUUACAGCAGGAGUCAUCCUGAUACAAUACUGGCGAGCUGCACCCGGGACAGCGAACCACCUCUUCUUGUGCCCUCUGCUGGGUUCUAUCCUGUGACCGGGGGCGAGGGAGAUCGCCUCGGGUGGACUCCGAGAGGAGACAAUGGGUGUCUCGGCUUUGUUGGUCCACGCGUUUGGAUCGCUGCUCCUCUGUCUGCUGCUGCCGGGAAGCGCUCAGCAGGAAGUUUGCUCGGGGACAGAGAACAAGCUGAGUCUGAGUGCGACGAGGGACCUCCAGUACCAGGCGCUUCGGAAGACGUACGAGCAUUGCCAGGUGGUGCUGGGGAAUCUGGAGAUCACCAACAUUGGCGCCGACAAGGACCUCUCCUUUCUGCGGGCCAUCCGGGAAGUGUCUGGUUAUGUGCUGGUGGCCAUCAAUGAGUUUGAGCGCCUGCCACUUGAGAACUUACGCAUCGUGCGGGGCACCAAGCUGUACGAAGACCGCUACGCGCUCAGCGUGUUCCUCAACUACCGCAAGCACGGAGGCAUGCGCAGUGGCCUCAAGGAGCUGCGUCUCAGCAACCUCACAGAAAUCCUGAACGGAGGGGUGUACAUUCGGGAGAACAAACACCUGUGCUUUCAAAACACCAUCGAGUGGCGUGAAAUUGUAAAGGAAGGGAACAUUGUGAACGUGGAGAAGGACAACAGCACCUCCUGCGACCUGUGCUAUGGAAGCUGUAAUAACCACUGCUGGGGUGCAGGACCUGAAUACUGUCAGAAAUUCACCCAGCUGCUGUGCGCGAGACAAUGCGACGGCCGCUGCUAUGGGCCCAGCCCCAGUGAGUGCUGCCAUUCCCAGUGUGCGGCCGGCUGCUCGGGACCACGGGACACCCACUGCUUUGCCUGCAAGAACUUCAAUGAUAGCGGUGCCUGCGUGAGCCACUGCCCCCCACCUAUGAUCUACAAUCCUGUGAGUUUCCAGCUGGAGGAAAAUCCCGACGUCAAGUACAGCUAUGGGGCCAUCUGCGUCAAGGAGUGUCCACAUAACUUCGUGGUGGACUACAACUCGUGUGUGCGAGCCUGCCCGGCCGGCAAGCACGAGGUGGAGAAGCAGGGCAAGAAGAAGUGUGAGAGCUGCACUCACGUCUGUCCCACCAAAGCGUGCGAUGGCAUCGGGACGGGAAACUUGAGCCACGCGCAGACCGUGGACGCUUCAAACAUCGACACGUUUGAGAACUGCACGAAGAUCAACGGGAACAUCGCCUUCCUCGUCACGGGGAUCAAGGGGGAUUCGUACAUGAAAAUCCCUCCCCUUGAACCUGAAAAGUUAAAUGUGUUUCGCAGCGUCAAGGAAGUCACAGGCUAUUUGAUGAUCCAGGCCUGGCCACGGAACAUGACAGACUUUGGGGUGUUUGAGAACUUGACCACAAUUCGUGGCAGAGUUUUACAAAGGGGCUUCUCGCUGCUCGUGGCACGUAUUCCCACGGUGACGGCGCUCGGCCUGGCAUCGCUGCACGAGAUCAGCGCCGGCAACGUCUACUUGAAGCAGAACGAGCGCCUCUGCUACUACAACACCAUCAACUGGACGUCGGUGUUCAUGAGCGAGCGACAGACGCCCUUCAUCCACGACAACAAGCCUCCCCCCAACUGCACCUCAGAGGGCAUGCUGUGUGACCCUUUGUGCUCGAACUACGGCUGCUGGGGACCGGGCCCUGACCAGUGCAUCUCCUGCAGGUUCUUCAGCCGUGGGCGCGCCUGUGUGGAGGCUUGCUACACCGCCAGUGGACCCUACCGGGAGUUUGUGGAUGGAUCUACAUGUGUGCCCUGUGACACGGAGUGUCUGCAGUUCAAUGACUCAGCUACCUGCUACGGACCGGGCUCCAACAGCUGCGUGAGGUGCGCGCACUACGCGGACGGGCAGCAAUGUGUGAGCGCGUGUCCCACGGGCGUGCUGGGCGGCAACGAGGAGCUCCUCUCGAAGUACCCCGACGAGAACAACAGCUGCAGGGCCUGCCACCCCAACUGCUCUCACGGGUGCAACGGAGCAGGCUCUGUGAACUGCCAUCUAAUUGGUCAGCACUUGAGGGGAGGCACACCGGUGCUGGCUGUGAUGGUGGUGGGGGGCCUCUUCUCCUGCGUCGUGUUCGUGCUGCUGGUGGUGGUGUGCGUGCGUCGGCGGAACAUUGCGCGCAAGCGGGCCAUGCGGCGCUACAUCGAGAAGGAGCUGGUGGAGCCGCUGACUCCGAGUGGAGCCGCCCCGAACCAGGCCCAGCUACGGAUCCUCAAGGAGACGGAACUCCGGCGUGGCAAGAUUCUCGGUUCGGGGGCCUUUGGAACUGUGCACAAGGGGAUCUGGACCCCGGAGGGAGAAGAUGUGAAGAUCCCUGUGGCGAUCAAGGUGCUGAGAGAAGGGACGUCUUCGAAAGCCAACAAAGAGAUAUUGGACGAGGCGUUCAUCAUGGCCACAGUCUGCAACCCUCAUCUGGUGCGGCUAUUGGGCAUCUGCCUGACGUCGAACGUGCAGCUCGUGACCCAGCUCAUGCCGCUCGGCUGUCUGCUGGAGUACACGCGCGAGCACAAGGAGCACAUUGGCUCCCAGCUGCUUCUCAACUGGGCUGUGCAGAUUGCCAAGGGCAUGAUGUACCUGGAGGAGCACCGCUUGGUGCACCGUGACCUCGCCGCUCGGAACGUGUUGGUGAAGACUCCGCAGCACGUGAAGAUCACAGACUUUGGGCUGGCGCGUCUGCUGGACGUGAACGAGGUGGAGUACCAUGCCGACGGUGGCAAGAUGCCCAUCAAAUGGCUCGCCCUGGAGUCGAUACAAUACCGGACCUUUACCCAUCAAAGCGAUGUCUGGAGCUACGGAGUGACCAUCUGGGAGCUCAUGACGUUUGGAGGCAAGCCUUAUGAGGGCAUCUCGGCAAGGGACAUCCCGGAGCUGCUGGAGAAGGGGGAGCGCCUCCCCCAGCCACCCAUCUCCACCAUCGACGUCUACAUGAUCAUGGUGAAAUGCUGGAUGAUUGACGCUGAGAGUCGGCCUCGCUUCAAGGAGCUCGCUGUGGAGUUCUCAAAGAUGGCACGUGACCCGCAACGGUACCUGGUCAUACAGGGAGAUGAGCGCAUGAGUCUUCCCAUCCCAUCGGACAGCCGCUUCCUGCAAAGUCUGCUUGCGGAGGAGGACCUGGAAGACUUGGUGGAUGCGGAGGAGUACCUCAUGCCGCAGCAGCCGUUCUUCAAGGGCAGCUCCAGUAAUCGAGCCAGCACUGCCUCUGACGUGGCCAGCGCUGCCUCUCAGAAGGACAACAUGGGAGCUGCGAAGGAGGAGACGUGGGGGGGCAGCGUCUUCCUGGCACGCAGCUCGUCCCAGCGCUCCCACGCCAGCGAGGCGUCCGCGUGCAACGUGUUUGAGGAGUCCGCGUGCAGCAGCGCUGUUGCCCAUCAGCAGCAGCAGCCGCCGCAGCCUCUCGGCGUGAGAGGCCGGCAGGACAGCACUGCCCAGCGCUACAGCACGGACCCCACGCGCUUCCACUCAGAGCCGCUCCCCUCUAAGGUGGAAGGCGGUGACUAUGCCACUCCAGCCACAAGCAAGGCCAUUCCCGGUUUGUGUGAAUAUUUCAUUCCCAUUGAAGAAACCCCUUUUUAUUCUGACUGUUCUGCUGCAAACAACACCCCAAGCGAAGUGGAAUAUCGCAACACAGGACGCGAGAGGCUCGGCCCAGCAAACGAAUAUCUCAACGUCCCCUGGUACAGCAACACGUGCCGAGAGCCAGCACACAGUGGUGAUUACCCGGGGGGGAGGAACAGCAAGCUCACGGUGCAGCAGAGAGGUCCGCUGUCCACUAAACCCAGCUACAGAAACCACAAUUUGCUCAUGGAGCAAAAGCAGCUUUUUAAGGUGCCGAGUCAAAAAAGCUACGGUGCAAACCCUCCCGGUGAAUUUGACUUUUCGUUAAAAGUGAUCCCCAAUUCAAGCCAGGCUUGCGACGUUUUGCAAUGCAGUUCCCUGGGGUUUCCGACAACGCAAGAAGACGUUGGCACAGCGGUAGUGGAGUCUAAACUGAUCCCUUCACAGCAUCCGUUGAGUCAGUGGAAAUUCUUAUUUCGUCCAACUAAAAGUGGCAUUGUCAGUCAUGACGAGAGUGGUGCCGUUUUACAUGGACCUGAAAAUGAUGGGAAAAGCUUGAGUCAGCAGCGUGGCCUAUAUUCCAGUAGCACAAAUCCAGGGCUGAUUUGUAGCAGUGCAGAGAAUCAUAAUAUGGGUCAUGCUGAAAUCGCCAUGGGCGAGGGAAAACCGGUGAUAAACACGCAGAGUCAGGCAGAACCGAUGAAACAUUCACUCAGUCAUGGGAACUUCUGUACAAAUCAAUCUGCUCAGGCCGAUCAUCAAGUCAGAUGCCCACCAAGUUACAAUGAGGCCAUGAGACCACAAAACUAUGACAAUAUUAAUGUCAGGCAAUCUUGUAAUGGGGAUCAUAUGAGCCAUUCUCCGUCCGACAGUGGCCCCGCUAGUGGCAAGAUUAGGAGUCAGUUUAGUGGCCCUCCGGACUAUGAAAACCACAUGAAAAAGCCCCCAAAUUACGGAUGCCUGAUCACCAGAGGGUCAUCCCAUGGAAACCAGAUCCACAGUUUGCCAAACAAAGUGGGGGAUGAUGUCACGGCAAAGCAACUGGAACAGAGCAGAGCAGCGCUGCAAGCAUCCAUUCAAGAGAACCCGGAGAAAAUGUCUUCAAACAAAGUGCCGUCAGAUCAACAGAGGAGCUCAAAAGAGCAGAGCUGUUGUUCAUCAACGUCAUCUCAAGGUCAUCCUGUUGUCGAUCCUUCACAAAGUGUGAACAAAGGGAAUCUGAAAAGCAGUUUGAUGAGCUCUGUCACAACUCCCGCUCCGAUGAGCCAGAGUCUGAUUUCCUACCCGACUGGCAUCGCCUUCCAAGCUGUUGGCUUGCCCAAUUACAGCGAUCAACUUGUUAAGCCAUCCCACUAUAAUGGGCAGUCCACCAAUGCCCCAGUCCAAGGAAAAAAUGAUGUGAGCUCAAGCAGCCGAGUACAGUGCGUGUCGAGUGUGUCCAACCAACAAGAGGGACGUCCUGGCCCAACGGGAACACCUGACAACCGUGUGCAUGCUUCAUUGGUGUCCUGGCCCAGGCACCAGAAUGGACACGUUGGUAAUGGCUUGGUCAACAGCAGACAAGAUGGAGGUAAUACAAGCACCUUGCCCUGCUAUGGUACCAGAGAUACGUUGGUAUGAGGGUUCUUUCCGCUGUAUCGCUUCUUGUUUGAGGAGUAUGUAUGUAUGUGUGUUGAACUUCUUUCGCGACGUACGUAGCCAACCGUACUGAUCGGAGGUGCGGGGGAAGGACAACAAAAAUGCAGAUGCACAUGGCAACGAUUUUUAUGAUGAAUGUGUGUUGGAUGUCUGAGUGAGUUUGUGAGUGCACAAUGUUAAGCACAGCUAAGCAUUUCUUAGCGUACGCAUGCAUGUGUGAGUACUACACAUGAGUAGUCACACAUGUACUCAUACACAAUUAAAGGGAGUAUCAACCCCUCUUUCUUUCUUUUUUUUUAGAUGUAGAGGUUGAAGGCAGAAUGUUCAUUUAAGGACACUUUUAAUAAAAAAAAAACCCAGCGAGGAUUAUUCGAGAAUAUAACCCACAACUGCACAAUAUAUUGGUCUUCAGGCCUGGAAAUAAAAGUGUUCUAGGAUACUGGGAAAAUCCAUUGGUCUCUGUUUUCUGUCUCUCACCUUCCACAAUGCUCGGUUAAGAGUUAGGAGAAAGUUGGCAGGCCCAAGUGGGAAGCUGGAAGCCGUAGCAAUGGUGUUCUGCAGGAAAUGAAGACCAGGGGAACACCGGCUAGGGAGAAAGCUGGAAUGUUUGGUCGGGGGUGUCAGGAAGCAUAUUUGGAUGAUGCGGGGAGGAGUUUGGAUGAUUUAGGGGUGGGUAAUGUCUGGAGACUGUAUGGUAGAUAAUGUCAGGCUUGCGUGGAAAAAGGUCAGGAGGCCCCUGAUUAAAUUCUGGAGAUCAAUUGUUUGAAUAAAGUGCUCUGAGGCUCCUCACUCCACAAUCCAACAACCCUAAAAUUGGCACAAGUCUGCAGCAGAUGCCCAGAAUAAUUUCCCCUGCCUCUCUUACCAUAAUACCACGACUGCACUUUUUAUACAGGCCAUUAGUGUAAGCAAACCCUUAUUUAAUGAACAAAAAUGCAGAAAUGCAAUAUUUGAAAAUCCAUGCGUUGGGCCUCUUUACGGCAGGAUGCAACGAUGUGACGGACCGCCCUUGCUUACCACCGGGUCACGGUGAGCUGCACCGACCCAAGGCGAUAGCAUUCGCUUACUUGUGGGCACGCUUAGUUUCAAUGCAUUACUUUGCCGCGAUCAGACAGAGCUGCGUUGUUCAUUAAGCCAAUAAUGCGAGUAAGUUAUACGAGCCAUAGAACACACGGGCAGCAGAGCAUGUCCAAUAGGACAGCACGGAACUGUGCGCUCAUUCACUGCGCCCGCAUUGCCCCUCAAGGUGGUGUGUUUUAUAAUUGGUAAUGAGAUUAAAAUGAGAUGCUUUUGGCAGCUUAUUCCAAUUGCAUAUUAAUUCAAGGCAUGACGUGAAGUAUGUCUCCAGUAAAUGUUUCACAUGAAGCGCGUUGAAGCCUGAACCGUCAUUCAUUGUACUGUUUAUGUGCCCUGCGCUACAUGUACAGUGACAGGCCCAUGCCAUUUGUAAUUCUGCUAGCAUCAACACUGCAUGACCCCCAGUGUUGAUGCUAGCUUGGCCCAAAACAUUAUAAUAUUUUUGUACAAAUUAUGGCUUGCUAAUAAGUGCUGAACAGAACAAAGCAAGUCCAGAUCUGACAAUCUUCAGCAUUGACGACGCAAGACGCCACUUGGGAAUAUCUGUUGGCUAAAAGUUUACUCUCAGCCCAUGAAAACAAUGCAUUGUAAUUGGGCACUAUUAAUGCAUACACUCUAUAUAAAUACGUAUCAUACUUUGGCCUUCCUUUAUUUUAAAAUGCUCGUUGUGCCCUCGUCAUCUCUGCCUGUGAUGGGAGCAUUGGUUGUGGUGCUGAAAGACGUCGUCAAGCAUUCACUCCACGUUAUGAAUUUAUCCAAAUCAAUUUAUUUCACAGAAAAAACACAUCAAAAACUCUGGGUGAGUGUUGCCAAACGGAAAUGUGUUGAUGUGUGUUUAAUUUCAGCAAUUUUAAAUCGAACUGCCAUUGACUAUUGUCAAUAACAGGAACUUUGUGACUCAAGUCGGUAAUUGGUUAUUUGGAUAACUUUAUGUGUGACAUUUAUCAGCUUUGUAUCAAAAAGCUACCUUGGGUUUCACUGGGAAACAGCCUAUGAACUGUGUCCAUAUUCUAUGGAUGUCUGCAUGUAAAAAUCGGAGCCUACACGCUAUAAACAAUGCAAGGUUGGUGGGAAACUACUGAAGAGAUUUAAAGUUUAUUUUAAAAAGACAAUAAAGAAUAUACAUUUUCAACGAGAGCACUUACUGUGUCAGCUUAGGUAUGAUGUGCUGUAUUUAGUUUUCAGCCAUGGCAUUAUAUUAAUUUACCCAUGUGUAUAUCUAUAAUAACAGCAUGAUUAAGUUGUGAGCUGUGUAAUGAUCAUCACGCAACUAUAUUGGAAUCAUUGUAAAAUUGCAAUGCUAUAGGUGGCAUUUUUAGUGUACAUAAAUGCACAACGCUGUUGGUUAUUGUAUAUUUCAGGUAUAAGAGGGGUUUUUGUUUCACUUAAACUUAUAUAGAUAAAAUGACCAGUCAAGUACGACAUUUGUUGUAAUUCUUUGAUAAAUUAUUAAUAAUGUCUUAACAUGUAGAUACACUUUGAUUGGGUUUUGUUGUUUACCAAAACAUGUUUCGGUACUUUACUAUCAUUGCAUGUCGUCUGCUAAAAAAAACAUUUCGACAGCAUUGAGGAUCUACCAUUGCAGAGAUAUAUACUAAAUGGUCAUACAUGUAAAAAAAUGUUCAUACAAAUAUAUAGCACUGUAAAAAAAUAAAACAUGUAAAUAUAGCAUAAUUAUACUGUGAUAACAAAUUAAGUGAAUCUUCAGUAAGACAUUUAUUAAGAUAUAUAUGUCUAAACUACCGUAUUGAAAUUUAUCAGCGAAAUAAUAUUUAUCAAUUACUAUACAUCAAUAAAUAACUGUAGCCAAUAAAUAAGUCAUCAUAGCACAUUACACAGUUGUGGCAUGAGUUUGAAUAAUCUUCAUUUGCUUGCUAUGCUGUAUCCAAUGGCACAUUGUUUUAGUUAUUUAAUUGAGCACUUCAAAUGAAUAUGCUUUGUAAAUACAUUUGCUUGCACGUGGUAAAAGAUUCGUUCAGUAUAACGGCCGAGAGUGUUUAUUGACUACUGUUCAUUGGUUGUGAGUUUUAUGCGUUGACCACAUAAUUGCCAGUAUCUCAUGUCUGGCAGAUUAUUAUAUGAGAUCAAUAGAUUAGUUCAUUACAUUUUAUUUUUGCUGCGACAAUGCUUCUUUUGCUGUCACGUUAUUUGGUCCCAAUGUGCCGUGUCUCUUGCUCAUCUGCAAUUCUGGCUUGAUGGGUUGUGAUCAUGGUUUGUCGCGAUGGUAAAGGAGUGUACCGCAAUUUCACCGUCAAAAAUUGUUUGAAAUUACGAGGAAAUGUAUGCUAGUAAGCUGAGAGGCACAGCUGAGUUAAAUGCCAAAUGUACCAUGACGAUAGGGGUUAGACGAAUUUCGAUUUAAAGCUUUCGUGACUGCAGGGAUUCAUCUUCUUGGUUCUUUCGGUAAAGUCACGUGACAAAAGAACCAAGAAGGUUAGACGAAUUGUUAUAUAAAUAAUUCCAAUUGCUUUAAUCAGCUUCUCAUAACGCAUGUAUACAUGUGACACAUCCAUUAGGAAAGUCAGGUUUAAAUGCGCAUUAGCUAAUAGGUUAAUCUUAUACAUUUUAAGGAGUUAUGUGAGGAUGGAGGUAGGCCACAUUAACCAGCUAAAAUCCCACUGACACAAUAUUGGAGUGGUAGUUGGGAAGAAUACACUGCAGAUUGAUUUACGAUAAUUUGACCUUUGGAGAGGUCUGCUUGAAUUUGGUCUGGGCCCAGAAAAUAUCAAAGGAAGGUGUUCCACAAUAUCACAGGACUUUAUCGGUAUAAAUCUUGACAAAUCAAGUUUUAAUCGGUAUGUCGCAUACUUUACAGGCAAGUAAUAAUGCAGUCUGUGAUAUCAUAUUUUGUGAUGAAUUAUGAAAGGCAUUAUUACAAUCCAUAAAUGUGAACAAUUUAUGUAAUUCAUCUUAAUCCUUUGAAAUGCACGUGUCAUUUAGAAAGGGUUCCUGGUAAGAUAGUAGCAGGACAUCCAUUCCACAGUAAAUGUGGCCCAUGGAUGAUACACAACACAAACAUAUUAAAAUAAAAUGUAUAUUUAAAAAUGAAUAAUAAUGACGUUAUGUGAAGUUAUAACAUGUUGAAACAAUGUCAUAAGGUACGAUACAUUGAAGGAAAUUACCAAAAGGAAUAUUAGUUGUCUAGAUUUACAAAUCUCGUAGUAACAAAAUAUUAAACGACAUGACCUGAAUCGAAGUCUCAUAUUAUGAUAUAACACAUUCCAGUCGGAUGGUGCUUAGUAAAAGAACGCUUCACAGGGGAAGACAGCAUGAAGAAUGUGAGUUUUGAAUGGGAGAGAUGACUUUGGCCUGAGAGCAUUAAUGCAUGAAUGUCCUGUUCAGGAUGUUCAAAUCACGUGGACAUUACGUACGCUGUGAUCACGUGGACUAACACGCUGGUACAACACCCGCCAAAGGCUGUGAAGGACAAGCAAAAUGGAAAGAGGCAUCCGUGGUGUCACCAUGUUCAUUGCUUGAUAGUUAAUGAGACGAUGUUGUAACAAGACACAUCCUGUACCAAGUGUCCUAUGGUGGUCGAGACAUUCAUUUUAUGGAAAAUAAACUGUAAGUGUCUCCGUGAUAUAGUUUAAGGAUCGAAUUUACCACAAUAAUUACGUUGUGCCACUGCAGAAUCAUGAGAUCAUAUUUAAAAAAGUCACAGUGGAAAAGUCACAAUUUACCAAUAUUAGGCUUGUUUUAAAAUAGUUUGUGUGAUGAACACAUUUCUUUAAUCGGUGACUACUGCAUCUAAAACUGUUGUAAGAGGUACAUGUGCGUGUCUACUUUUAAUCGCCCAUUCCCUAAACUUCCAUCUCCCCAUUGUUUUACACUAAAGUGAAACUGUCCUUCAUGAUUCUUCUAUAUCCAUAGUAGCCAGUUGCAUUAAUUAAAAUGUAUCAUCAUGCAUAAAGCUUCUGAUAAUAUAAAAUGUGCAUUCUUACAAAUCCUCAUAUUCCUGCUUGGAUAGUCAUAGAAAUUACAAACGAGAAUUGGAAGGAAAUACGAUCAUUGUUUAGGAUUGAACAUGGCGGUCGUAGCAGACAUCUCUCCAAAUGCCAAAAGCAAAUACAAAGAAAAUAAUCAAGUUGGGCAGCACUCACCUCGCUGGCAGCUCUGAGCCAUUCAUAGAAAUGUUGUUUCCUCGAGUAAAGGUUAUUAUUUCCUUAGGAAAAUAAAUGAUGUCUUCCGACGAAGUGGUAAUCAGUUUAUGGACCCCAGAAGUAUGAUGGGUUGGAUUAGCCCCCGACUGGGAUUUGUAGUUGUAAUUCGGGCAAUCUACCGCGAUGCCUCCAUUUUAAAUUUACGGACUAAUUAAAGGUAUACAUUGUUUACAUAAUCGUUCACCUCAAUAUCGCUAAGCUAACUGAACAAACUUUAUUUAAAUUAGAAUGCAAUAGGCUUAUUUUUAUUUUUAUGUUCGAUUUAUUUGAGGUGAUUAUUCCACUCAUUUUUAUUCAUUCUGUGAGAACUUUAUUUUACCAACGUAUUUUCAAAUAAUGUUGGAAAUGCCCUGCAUAAUUAUGUACUUUGGCAUCAUGCAUUUCGUGUGGAUAUGUGUGUCCUUAGCGGUUAACAAACGAGCCGAUGCAUCAUCAAAAUAAGUAUUGGUUUUCUAGUUCUUAUUAUUUUUUUUGUCCAAAGAGAUGGAGGGAGGCAAAAAAAAAGCUGAUAGGAAAGACAGCUCAAAAAUGAUUUAGCCUGCUUACUGCAAGCAACCUGAAUUCUCAAAAUCAAUGAAAAAAUACCAUUACUGUUCCUUUUCUGUAUUCUUGAAAUGAUUGCAUUUUUUUGGAACAGGACCGUGGAUAAUUUUGUCUGAGAUAGCGUUUCAUUAACAGCCGCAAGACAGCCUUCUUUAAUUGCCAUUUCAUGGUGAAAAAUACGUGACUAAUAGCAUAUUGUGGCUUGUGAAGCCAUUCACGAGGACACUUACAGAAUCAAGAUACCUGCAGAGACGGAAAAUGUUUCCUUUUAUCCACGCAUAAUGUGCGGCGUUUGUUUAACAUUGAAAUGUAGCACAAUGUAUAAGACCUCCCGUGCACCGUUGGAUGGAUGUACGUAGCCAAACCGUCCUGAUCGGAGGUGCGAGCCAUCGACGCUCUCUGUUCCUGUUGCGGGUGUUCACGUCUUGUUGCCAUGUUUCCGAAUGUUUUCUACGUUCCUUGCCUGUAUAUGUCUCAUAGAAUACUUUUAUGACAGAUGGAUUUUAAAAUUAUAAUAAACAAUCGUUUCAAUUAAA